UUUGAUUUUUUCGCUGGAUUUGGAAAAUGGAAUGAAUCUAGUGUCGUUGGUCGUGCAGGCUGCAAGAUUAUGUUGUUAUUACAUCAUGCUCUUCGAACUGAUAAAUGUACACGUGCACAUGCUUCAACGUGGAAGAAUCAAGUUUGUUGACAGAGGCACUGGUACCGCACUUUACUUGCUGAUGUGGAGGUGGAAACUUUCUAUAUGAAAGCAAGCUAAUCAAGCCAUACGAGUUUAGCAUAUGGCGUGUGGGAUCAGAAGUGGUUUACAUACAAUUCAUUUUCAAUAAGACCUCGUCAGUUUAAUAUCGGUGACAUCAUGUGUGGAAUUUGGGCUCUUUUUGGCAUGGCUUCGCACACGUCGAUCCAUUCAAACACAUCAUUCACAAAGAUACACCAUCGUGGGCCUGAUGCUUGGCGGAUAGAGUUUGACAGAAGAGUACUGAACGCGUGUAUUGGCUUCCACCGCCUGAGCAUCGUGGACUGUCUCUACGGCAUGCAGCCCAUGAAACUGCACCAGUUCCCUCAUCUCUCGCUGCUCUGCAAUGGAGAGUUGUACAACUGCCAGAGACUGCGGGAGCAGUUUGACUUCUCGUACGAGACUAAGUGCGACGUGGAGUGCAUCCUGCACCUGUAUGUGGCGGGCGGCAUCGAGAACGUGGUGGCCAACCUGGACGGGGUGUUUGCCUUCUGCAUCAUCGACGCCGAGAAGCAGAGGGUGCACUGCGCGCGGGACCCGUUCGGCGUGCGACCCCUGUUCCGGCUCUACAGCGAGACCGGGGUGCUGGGCAUCAGCUCGGAGGCCAAGGGGCUGGUGGACAUGAGAUCUGAGCUCAAUGGCGCGGCAUACAAGCUGGAGCCGUUCCCCCCGAGCCACUUCGAGACGUACGAGAUCGACCCCGAAGGCUCGUGCAAACUCCUGGAGAAGAAGCGUUACUACACCAUAGGAGAGACGCCUCCGUUCAAGCCAUUUGUGCCCCACACCUCUCUCCGGGGGAAGGACGUGAAGCAGAACAUCCGCACUUUGCUCACGGCCGCCGUGAGGAAGCGCCUGAUGGCGGACCGCAGGAUUGGAUGUCUCUUGUCCGGAGGGUUGGACUCCAGCCUGAUAGCUGCUCUCACUGUCAAGCUAGCCAAGGAAGAAAAAUUGCCUUACAAAAUUCAAACAUUUGCGAUCGGCAUGGAGGACAGCCCGGACAUAGUCGCCGCGAGGAAGGUGGCGGCACACAUUGGCUCUGAGCAUCACGAGGUGUCCUUCACCACCGAGGACGUGAGGCAGGCUCUCGACAAGGUCGUCUUCCACCUGGAGACCGCCGACAUCACCACCGUCAGGGCGUCCGUGGGAAUGUAUCUGGUGUCAAAGUACAUAAAGGAGCACACAGACACCACAGUAGUUCUGAGCGGUGAAGGUGCAGACGAGCUGGCACAGGGCUACAUAUAUUUCAGAGACGCUCCGUCCUCUGAAGCCGCCCACGAGGAGAGUGUGCGACUUCUGAGCGACAUAUACUUGUACGAUGGGCUGAGGGCUGAUCGUACCACGUCUGCGUUCAGUCUCGAAAUGCGGGUGCCCUUCCUGGACCUGCAGUUCACCAGCUACUUCUUGGGGCUGAGCCCCAACUCUAAGAGGCCCCAAGGAGGGGUGGAGAAGCACCUGCUCAGAUCUGCCUUCAGCGACACGGGUCUGCUGCCGGACGCCAUCCUCUGGAGGCACAAGGAGGCAUUCAGUGACGGGGUCACGUCGAAGAAGAGGUCCUUGUUCGAAGUGAUCCAGGAGCUGGUGGAGUCGAGGGUGUCUGGCGACGCCUUGCGGGAAGCUGCGACCAAGUACACUCACUGUCCACCCCGAACAAAGGAGGCCUUGUACUACAGGACAGUGUUUGAGAAACAUUACGCUGAUUUGGCAUCUAGCUUCAUGCCCUACUACUGGAUGCCUCGUUGGAUACAAGUUGAUGACCCUUCGGCACGGUUCAUCAGCCACUACUCAGCAGAUGAUUAGCUCUCUGGCGUUUUAUCUCUGAUGUUCAACCACACAACAUUGUAGAAUCAUUAAACAAGAAAACAAUCAUUAGCAAUUGUCCGCCACCAGCAUGUGGCUCGAAACAUCCAUUUUUCACAUUUGAGAUAUAAAUAAUGUUUAUGAGAAUUGUUGUUUUAAGUUAAAUACUGAGAAUUAGUAUUUAUAGAAUUUUGUAAAUCCAUUUUUAAAAACUCGAAAUAUUGCAAAAUGAAAAUUUUAAAAAUGUUAAUGUUGAAUUUAAAUUUUGUGAAUACUGUAAUAACUGUGCAAUUAUAUAAUGUAAGAGAAUUGGGAGGAAACAGCCAUAACUAUUUGAAUAAGUUUUUUAUUUAUUAGUGCUAAAACCUGUUUCUUAAUGAAAAUGCAACUAUGUUUUUAAAUUUUCACGAGCUGUAAAGUGACAUGGAUAAAAAUAUCACUGCUUUGUGCCAAAAAUAAAACCACAAAUGUGUGUUCUUACCUAUUAUUUUCACGACUUAUUCGUCAGCGAAUAAAAAGACGAAGCGUUUCAAGAUAUUUAAUUGAAUAUUUAAAAUGGUAAAAUUAUUUAUUGAUUAUGAAUAAUUGCAGAAAUCAUAUAUUAAUAUUACAUAUUAGUUCUUACUUUCAAUACUUCAAAUUACUUAUUGUUAUUAUUUGUUUUUAACAUAGAAUUGUCAACAUGAUUCAGUAAUUUUAGGCACAAAUUUUUAUUCAUUCAAGGGUUGAUAUUUUGAAUGAUUUUUUUAUGCUUAUAAAUUGGUAAAACUAUAAUUGCGCAGGUUGAAGACAUUUUUUCAGUUGAAGUAUGUGUGAGCAAGCCAUUUAUUGGAAUGUCAGUUAAAGUUGGAAUUUUAAAAUUUUUAUUUUUUAAAAAGUUGGAUAAUAGUGAGAUAAGAUACUAGGUAUAAAAUUUAUUUAAUAUAUGUUUGACAUGUUUUGUAAUUAGUGACUAUCGUGAAAUUAUUCAUUAUUCAGAAGUCUACAGUUGCUUAAGAUUUUUUGUCAGACAUUAAAUUUGGGAUACAGUUAACUCUAUUUUAUGACCCUUGACAGUUCGUGGAAAAGGGUCUUAAAUUUGUAGAGGCUGUUAUUUUAAAUUUGACCAGUUUUGAUUUUUCCCUGGCCCCCAAACAAAAAACACAUUUUCACAUGAAGUCAGUUCUCAAUCAUUUCUUGUGCAAAAAUAACUUUUUUUUAUAGGAAUAUAAAUUAAUUUUAUACCCAGAUGCUAAGAGAGAAAAUUUUGGUUCCCUAAGUGGAACUGUGGUCCCAAAUGUGUUAUAUUUCAUAUCUUAACUGUACAAGCUGUUAUUUUAUGUUGCAUAUUGUGAUGGCUGCUAUUGAUACUGUUGUGAACCCUAUAAAAAAGUAUUAGCAUAUAAUAUGUAUGCAAGAAUGCUAAUUUUCAAAAACAAGAUUAAACAUUUUGAAUGAGUUAGUAUGUUUUUAUUUAUACAUCCAUAACUACCAAACCUCCACAUGUUUACCCAUUUUAAAGUAGGAACUUAGUUGCUUAUGCCACUAUUCGUAGAACCUAAUUUCUUUAAUAGUAAGUAAAUGCUCUAACUACUUGUGAAUGUCACUUUUUAUAUAAUUAAAAUACUUAUAUUUCCUUGAAAUAGCUUCUCACAUGUAUUCCAUUAUCUGAAAUUAGUUCCAUUCAAAGUCUCAAGAAGUAAUGUCAUCAGUCUUUCAAAAGAUCAAUCAAAAGUAGACACUAAUACUUUGACGACAGUCGUCGUACCCUCCCAGAUGCAGAGGCCGUACCUGUCCACCGACGUGGGCCUAAGGGAGGUUUGUCUCCCCAGUGCACCGUCUGUGAAGUGCUACGGUCAGGGACGCACCCGCGUGCGCCCUAGCAUGCCAGUGGGCUUCUUUUUGUGUUAUAAAUAAUUACGUAUGCUUCUUAUGUACUUUUCAGUGAUCACGAGCCUCCACAAUUGCGUAUAUUUUGUAACGUAACAAAACUCUCACGUCUGAAAUAUUGGGUAAAUACUUCACUUGUCAUUUAUUCGUAACUAAUUAAUUCAUGUGAAUUGUCGUUUUAUUAAUUAAUUACUUGUCAUGUCAUUUUAAUAAUUCUGUGAUUCUUUCAAGUGCUUAUGCUAUGUUAGUAAUGUAAUCGCAGCCUGGCGCACCGCGAGGCGGGCCUCUCUCAUGCCGGCCGAUUUCCCCUCCACUCCUCCGCGGCCCGCGGGCCUCGAACCGCUAGCGGGCGGGGGACGGCAGUGGUGAACCAGACGCGAGAGCGAGCAGACGUGCGCUCCGCUCUGCGCUGCUCGGGAGACGCGUUUCUCAUCUCGAAGUUCGCCGACAGUGAAACGUCACGGGUUGUCUCUGCAGCUGAGCUGCAUUCGUUAUAUCGCUGGACGUACUUAGUUUUACGAGUCUUUUCGGGACUUCACCUGCCUACGUUAUAGGCCGUGUAAGUGCCUCUUCGGACCACCGAACCUCUGUCAGUACGAGCACUCAUAGGACCUUCUUCCUCUUACGUGACGGGCCGCGUACGCGCUGUGCAUCAAUACAGAACAAUCGUAACCAGUACCACUAGCUACGGGGUUACCUCCUCUGUUCGUGUCGGGUCGUAUCCUAAGGACGAGACUUAUUUCCGGGAGUCCGGGUCGAGGCGGGGAAGGCGCUCGUAUCGCGACGUGCCGGCCAGGCUGCGGCAGGUUCUCUAUAUGGAAAUAAAAGGGGCUCGUGGAAACGGA